AUUUUAAUUUGUCCAUACAUUUCCUUAAUAAAUAAAUCACAAAUUUUAACGUUUUUUCUGAACUGUUUAAUGAGGUGUCUAUAUUCAUAAUUUUAGGAUUUGUUUGAAAUUCUGUUUAGGGUGACAAUUUAAAGGAGAGCACCAUGAAAGGGUUAAUGAGGUUUAAGGUUGAGUUCUCAGGGUGAGAGCUGUGCCUGUGUGUGUGCUUCCCAACACGCUGAUGUGUGUUGAUUACUUGACCAAUCAGAGGUCGAGGAGCGAGGUGAAGAGUUCAGGCUUGUUAAGACCUGCCUGGACACCUGCGUCUCUCCCCUCCUUCAGCUCGUCUCCGAUAUUCAGCAUUUAACAUGGACAGAUUUAAGAGAAGACUUCGAAAUUUAAGGAAUCACCACCAAAAGUGCGAAGAGAGAUUUGAAAAUGCUCGGGCCAAAAAGGACCACUGCCCCUCAUCAAGUGAACAUACACCUGUCAAAGAGAGGCGUGGUGAUGAACCUGAUAAAGCCUGCUAUCCCCCACCAACACCAUCACCAUCCGUAGAAGAUGAGGAGUCUCUGUUAUCCAGCUACAGUGGAUCUGAUGCAGACUACAAACCAUCAUCACCAUCAUCCAGUGAGGAUGAGGUCCUUGCACAAGAGUCAGAGUCCUCCUGCCACAGUGCACCUGAGAAUCACCACAGUCACUCAUCCAGUGAAACUAGUAUCUGGAAGGCUAAGGACCAGAAGGCCAAAGGUAAAUCAGUUCAAAUAGGUAUGCAGUCAAAAGGAAAAAGGAAGUUACAAGAUGGCAAAAAAAUGGUGAAGAUUACUGUUAAAACAAGCAAAAAAAAGGAUGGUGCCAGGGCUUGGGACAAAGCUCAUUACUGUGUGUACUGUAAAAAGGCUCAAUUGAAAAUAGCCAGACAUCUAGAAAGAAAACAUAGUGAGGAACGCGAUGUCGCCAUUGCUUUUAGUUUCCCAGUUGGCUCCAAAAACAGGAAGAAAUUGUUGGAAGGCCUUCGUAAUAAAGGCGACUGGCAACAUAAUGCCAGUGUCUUAAAAGAAGGAAAUGGUGAGAUUGUAACAUGGAGACAGCCCCCUGGGAAAGCAGACAUAGAGAGCUACCUACCAUGUCAACACUGUUACGCGAUGUUCAAGAGAACUGAACUGUGGAGACACAAUAAAUCGUGCAGAGGACGGGCAGAGGAUAGUCAGAACGGCAAAAGAGCCAGAAUACAAAAAUCUUCCUCGUCCCUUAUUCCAGUCAGAGAAUCAUCUAGUGGAGUACAAGAGAUCAUUCAUUCCAUGCAACAGGAUUGUGUAACUUGUCAUAUCAGGAAUGAUGAGAUGAUUUGUGCAUAUGGAGAUGCAUUAUUUGCUAAAAAGGGCAGAGAACAAUCUCAGCACAGAUAUAUUGCACAAAAACUAAGAGAAUUGGGACGUUUUAUGUUGGCUGCCAAAGACAUUGACAAGCAUGUCGCAAGUCUUAAAGACAUUUGUGAUCCAGCCAAUUUUAAUCUGGCAAUUAAAGCAGCCAGGCAUUUGUCAAACUAUGAUGUAAACAAGAAUGAAUAUGGAAAGCCAUCUACAGCUGUUAAAAUUGGCUUUUCACUCAAAGGAGCAACUGAAACCUGGAUAGGCCACUGCUUGAUGACGUGUGAUGGUAAAGCUGAGAAGAAGGCAAAAAAGUUCAAGGAACUGCUGGAUACCUCCUGGUCCACUUACGUGUCGACUAAUGCUCACAGCACAAUUGAGCAACGCAAGUGGGGCAAAGAAGACAGUGUACCUCUGACAGAGGACAUAGUCACCCUCCAGAACUACCUGAGGAAAGCUGAGAACGAGGCAAUGGCAGAGUUAAGAGAGCGUGUGAGUACUACAGCGUACAAAAAAUUAAGUGAGAGCCUUCUUGCACAAAUAAUCGUUUUCAAUAAGAAACGGGAAGGAGAGGCAUCACGUUUAACCCUUGAGACCUAUCUUAACACAAACACUGGCCAAAUGAACAAAGACAUAUAUGAGACCUUAUCUCCCGUGGAAAAACAAUUGAGCCAGAGACUGACACAUUUGGUGACACGUGGGAAGAGAGGGAGAAAGGUUCCCAUCCUACUUCUGGAGCGCACCAAAGCUUCUCUUGACUUCCUCAUUAAAAAACGGAGGGAAGUUGGCAUACUUGAGGAGAACCCGUUUCUGUUUGCAAGGCUUGGCACAACUACCAAUCUUCGUGGGUGUGACUGCCUCAGAAGAUUUGCAGAAGAGAGCAAGGCCAAAAACCCAGAACUGCUGAGAUCAACAAAAUUAAGGAAGCAAGUUGCUACCCUAUGUCAGCUUCUCAACCUCGACAGCCAGGAACUCGAGCAAGUUGCUCGAUUCAUGGGACAUGAUAUCAGGGUCCACUGCGACUAUUAUCGUCAGACAGAUAAAACAUUCCAAGUGGCCAAGAUUGGCAAACUUCUGUUUGCGAUGGAACAUGGAGCAGAGUCCCUGAAAGGGAGGACUCUACAAACACUGGACUCUGUUAUCAGUGACAAAGGACAUGCAGCCACCCCAAUCAAAGGUCUGAACAGUGUCAAUGAGAGAAGGACGUCGGAUGCAGGAAGACAACAGGAAGCUCAUGAUGAUGGAGAGGUGCCACAUUCAGCUGCAGCAAGGUCACCUGUAAAGAGACUAUGGCAGACUGCAAGAAGAAGACAUGAUGAAGAUGGUUGUGGUGCUGAUGAGGAUGAUGGGAUUAAUAACACCAUUCAAGGAUUUGAAGAUGCAGAUGGAGAGUUGCAAGAAGACACAAACACAGGGAAACGAAAGAUGACUACAGCUAAACAAAAACAUGAUGACGAUGAUUUGAGUGAUGGUCAAACUGGUCCAGACAUUGAAAAAACAGAUGAAAUGGUGUACCAGGAGAGAUGUGGAACACCACCUGUUGAGCAAAAUGAGCGAUCUACCGAGAAACGUGAUGAUGAUGGUUGGGAUGAAAAGGAUAGAAAAGGGCGUGUUAAGAGACAAAAGGAAAAUGUAAACAAACGAAAGCGUCAAGUUGAUGAUGACUGGGAUGGAGAGGAGAGACAGACUGCUGACACCAGAUCCCCUUUGAAGGGCCGAAAGAAGACUGCAGCUACAAGAGAACGUAAUAAUCUUGAUGUUCCAGAAAUGGAAGUCAAGAAACAAGGUAAGAGACCCUGGACUGACAAGGAGAGGACUGCAGUAAAACGACAACUUGCCAAGUUCAUCGCACUGAAGAAGGUUCCAGCAAAGGAAGACUGCAUGAUGUGUAUUUGCAAAGAGUCUCCAGUCCUGAGAACACGGUCGUGGAAAGACGUGAAAUAUUUUGUCUACAAUGAAAUUGUUAAAAUCAAGAAAAAGCUUGCAUUUUGAAUUAAAAGAGGACAACAGAGGGAGGAAACUGAGAUGAUAGGUGCUAAAAGAUAAGGGAGAGAGUAAGAGGGUGAUUAUUCCCGUGUUUUAAGGGGUUUGUUAUGCCUGUUCAUUUGUUAGGAGGCCUACAUCACAGCAAAUCUUUUAUGUAGCAGUUUGCGUUGAGUAGGAACUGACACAUGCAGUUUUUUUUUAAGUUUUUGGAAAAUUUCUCAGGAAACACCUAGCUGUUCUAUAUUGUUCAAAUCAAAAGCUGCAUUUUGAAUAGUUGUAAUAUGUUUAUAUCUUCUGCACUUUGCACAACAGUCUUGUUACUGGCGUUUUUGGUUGCCAAGACUAAGUUAUAAAUCUAAUGUCCACCAGUUGUUAUUGUUAUUUAUGGAUUGAGUCUGCCAUGUUUGUGUUUAACACUGUGGAACAGGAAUAGCUUUCAGAAAAAGAAGCAUGCACUUCUGAAGUUCACUUGAUUAAUUACUAAAUGUAUGCGCAACCACAAAAGGUCACAAUCAUAUUACAUCUUAAUCAAAUGUGAUCAACAAAUUUCCAGUUUUAACUGGCAGCUCAGCUAUCAGUUAGGACUACUAUUCUAAUUCUUUUUUACAUAGAAAAAAGCCACAGAAUUGAUAUGACUUAAAAAGAAGUUGUUUUGAAAAUUGACAAUAGGC